CACAAUGAAUUGUUGUGUUUACAAAGUGUGGUGAAUUAUUUACUGAUUUUUUUUUUCAUCUUCAAAUCUUAUUUUUCUUAUCCUACUUGUGAUGACGCAGUUAGAAUUAAUGGCAUGCGGCUUCAUCCGUGGACUAUAUUGAAAUACAUGUGUCGGAUAUUUACCUUUAUUGUAGAAGCACCUGUCAUUGUUCUAAACCCCCUUUUUUGUUUUUUUUAAUCAUCGUUGUAAAUAAUGACACUUAAAUCUUUGGAUUUAAUGCCUUUUUCUUCACUCGUGUCGCAUCGCCUGGGUUUUAACUGCCACCUGAGCAAAGGGGAUCUUAUGGGACUUGCAUGAUAGUUCAUGCCUCUAACUUUUUGACAGUAAAUACCAGGGCAAUAGAUCAUCCUGCAAAGUUGUCUGGAUACUACCAUGAUGAAGAAUAAAAGUAAAAAACAAGAGGAUGAAGGAUCGACUCACAGCAACGCAUCAAGCAAUUCAGCCUCGGAGGAGUCCAACCGCUCUGCGUCAGAGUCGGGAAGUCAGUCGGAGAGCGAGCAUGGCAGUGAGAGGAGGAGACCCCAACACUCGGAGUCGAACAGCUCGUCUGAGUCAGAGAGUCACUCCGGGUCGGGGAGCGAGUCCGCCGGAUCCAAAUCCCAGCAAAACGCAGAAGAGGUCAAAGACAAGCCGGUGGGAAAGAAGGAGCGUCUGGCAGAUGUCAAGAAGAUGUGGGAUGAACAUCCAGAUGUGUACGGAGUCAGGAGGUCCAAUCGCAGCAGACAGGAGCCUGCUCGUCUGAACAUCGGCGCUGGGGGCAGCAGUGAUUCUGAGAGUGAAAGUCCAAAGAGGAAAACAUCACGAGCUAAGAAAAAAGAAAAUAUCUGGAAAGAUGAUGACUCAAAUGAUGAAGAGGAGGAGGAGGAGGAGGAGGAGGAGAAGGCGUCCGACAGUUCGGACAGUGAGCAGGAAGAGAAAAAAGUUAGAUCCAGACGACUUCCUGCUAGAAGACCUCAGGCCAAAUCUGCAGCCAAAAAGCAGCUGUCUCAAAAAGGAAGGAAGUCGAGGAAACAGGAGUCGUCUGCCGAGGACGAUGACGACGACGAAGAGGACGAUGACGAUGACGAGGAUGACACUUCAAAGAGACAGACACGGGGAAGGGGUGCAACUAAAGUCAAAAGCUACAAAGAGGACCAACAUGACUUCGAGACCGACUCUGACGACUUGAUUGAAAUGACCGGGGACGCUUGUGAGGAGCAGCAGGAUGACGACAGCGAGACCAUUGAAAGAGUCAUGGACACCAGGACGGCAAGGAAAGGAGCCACCGGGGCCUCCACCACUGUGUAUGCCGUGGAGGAAAAUGGAGACCCCAGCCAAGGCUUUGACCCCGAGAACGAAGAAGGGGAAACUCAGUAUCUGAUCAAGUGGAAGGGCUGGUCCUACAUCCACAACACGUGGGAGAGCAUGGACUCUCUGACGCAGCAGAAAGUCAAGGGAAUCAAGAGACUGGACAACUACAAAAAGAAAAGUGAAGAGCUCAAUUCAUGGCUGAGGAGGGCGUCCCCGGAGGAUAUCGAGUUUCACAACUGCCAACAGGAGCUCACUUCCGAUUUGAAAAAGCAGUUUCAGUUUGUUGAGCGUGUGAUCGCGACAAAAUCAGGAAAGACUCCAGGAUCCUCCGACUUCCCCUCUCACAGUCACAAAGCACCGCCCUCCAAUGAGCCGGAGUAUCUAUGCAAGUGGAUGGGCUUACCUUAUUCGGAGUGCAGCUGGGAAGAUGGAGCUUUGGUGAAGAAGAAGUUUCAGCAGUGGGUCGACGGCUUCCUGAGCCGGAGCACCUGUAAGACCGUCCCCUCCAAAGACUGCAAGGUGUUGAAGCAAAGGCCGAGGUUUGUCGCUCUGAAAAAACAGCCGUCGUAUAUCGGAGAUGAGAACCUUCAGCUUCGAGAUUAUCAGCUGGAUGGCUUGAACUGGUUGGCACACUCCUGGUGCAGGUGUAACAGUGUCAUCCUGGCCGACGAGAUGGGGCUCGGAAAGACCAUCCAGACCAUCUCCUUCCUGUCGUACCUCUUUCACCAGCAUCAGCUGUACGGGCCCUUCCUCCUGGUGGUGCCUCUGUCCACGCUGACCUCCUGGCAGAGGGAGUGCGAGACGUGGGCUCCGGACAUGAACGUGGUCGUCUACCUCGGCGACGUCAUGAGCAGGAAGACGAUUCGAGACUACGAGUGGGUGAACCAUCAAACCAAAAGAAUCCGUUUCAACGCAUUAUUAACCACUUAUGAGAUUCUUCUUAAAGACAAGGGAGUUCUCGGGAACAUCAACUGGGCGUUCAUGGGCGUGGAUGAAGCUCACAGGCUGAAGAACGACGACUCCCUCCUCUACAAAACCCUCAUGGAGUUCAGGUCCAACCACAGGCUCCUCAUUACCGGCACUCCGCUGCAGAACUCGCUCAAAGAGCUCUGGUCACUGUUGCACUUCCUCAUGCCUGACAAGUUUGACUCCUGGGAGGAUUUUGAGGAUGAACACGGCAAAGCGAAAGAUAACGGUUAUCAGAGUCUGCACAAAGUCCUUGAGCCCUUCCUCCUGCGCCGUGUCAAGAAAGACGUGGAGAAAUCUCUCCCCGCCAAGGUGGAGCAGAUCCUCCGCGUCGACAUGACUGCACAUCAAAAACAGUUUUACAAGUGGAUUUUAACGAGGAAUUACAAAGCUCUUUCCAAAGGCACCCGAGGCAGCUCCUCCGGCUUCCUCAACAUCGUUAUGGAGCUGAAAAAGUGCUGCAACCACAGUUUCCUCAUCAAGCAGCCCGAAGACGUGGAAUGUGAAACACAACAGGAACACCUGCAGGGUCUUGUGAGGGGCAGUGGGAAACUUGUGCUGCUGGAUAAGCUGCUGACCAGACUCCGAGAGAGAGGGAACAGGGUCCUGAUUUUCUCCCAGAUGGUCAGGAUGUUGGACAUCCUGGCCGAGUACUUGGCCAAGAGGCGCUACCAAUUCCAGCGGCUGGACGGUUCCAUAAAGGGAGAAAUCCGAAAGCAAGCACUUGACCACUUCAAUGCAGAAGGCUCCGAGGACUUCUGCUUCCUGUUGUCCACCAGAGCCGGAGGUCUGGGGAUUAACUUGGCCUCAGCCGACACAGUCGUCAUCUUCGACUCGGACUGGAACCCUCAAAACGACCUGCAGGCACAAGCCAGAGCUCACAGGAUCGGUCAGAAGAAACAGGUGAAUAUUUAUCGACUGGUCACUAAAGGAACGGUGGAGGAGGACAUAAUCGAGAGGGCGAAGAAGAAGAUGGUUCUGGACCAUCUCGUCAUUCAGAGGAUGGACACCACGGGUCGAACUGUACUGGACAGCAACUCAACUCAAGGAAGCACAAAUUCAAACCCAUUUAAUAAAGAGGAGCUGACUGCCAUCCUCAAGUUUGGUGCAGAGGAACUUUUUAAAGAAGCAGAAGGAGAGGAGUCUGAACCUCAGGAGAUGGACAUCGAUGAGAUCCUCAGGUUGGCUGAAACGAGGGAAAGUGACCAGGGCUCGAGUGCUACAGAUGAACUUCUAUCUCAGUUUAAGGUUGCUAAUUUCUCAAGCAUGGAGGAAAGCACGCCGGACUUCGAGGGGAGGGCCAUAAGGGAAUGGGACGAUAUCAUCCCCGAAGAGCAGCGGCGCAAAAUCGAGGAGGAGGAGAAGCAGCGGGAGAUGGAGGACAUCUUUAUGCUGCCCCGAAGCAGGAGCUCGAACAAGAGGGCUCAGGCUAACGAUAGCGACAGCGACGUUGGCUCCAAGCUGAAGAAUCGCUCGUCGGGCUCCGAGAGCGAGACGGAUGACAGUGACGACGACAAGAAGCCAAAGAAGAGAGGCAGACCGAGAGCUCGCAAAAACAACGUGGAGGGUUUCACUGACGCAGAGAUUCGCAGGUUCAUCAAGGCUUACAAGAAGUUUGGAUCUCCUCUUGAAAGGUUGGAGGCCAUCGCCCGGGACUCGGAGCUGGUUGAUAAGUCCAUAGCCGACCUGAAGAGACUCGGUGAACUGAUCCACACGAGCUGUGUCACUGCGGUGCAGGAGCACGAGGAACACCUGAAAGAGAACCCAGUUGAAGCCAAAGGUCCCGGGAAGCGGAGAGGGAUAAACAUCAAGAUCUCAGGAGUGCAAGUCAACGCCAAAACCAUCAUCCAGCAUGAGGAGGAGUUUGAGCCUCUGCACAAAGCGGUGCCCUCCAAUCCUGAGGAGAGGAACACGUUCAAGCUCACAUGCAGGGUCAAGGUGGCCCACUUUGAUGUGGAUUGGGAUCUGCAGGAAGACAUUCAGCUCCUGCUCGGGAUCUACGAGCACGGCUUCGGCAACUGGGAUCUGAUCAAGACCGACCCUGACCUUAAACUGGCUGAUAAGAUUCUCCCCGACGAUCCGAGCAAGAAGCCUCAAAGUAAGCAAUUACAAGCGAGAGCCGAGUACCUCCUCAAGCUGCUGAAAAAAGAGCAAGACAACACGGACGUGUCUAAAACCGGAGAGGAGGUCAAAGUGAGGAAGAGGAAGCCUCGGGUGAAAAAGGAGAAGAUCCUCAAGGACGAGCAGGGCAACGAUAUCUCCUCCCCUCGUCUGUCCGACAACCCGUCAGAGGAGGGCGAGGUCAAGGAUGACGGAGCAGAGAAGUCCCCCUCCAAGAAAAGACAAAAGAAAAAGGAUAACAAAGAGAACAAAGAAAAACAUGGAACUCCUAAGAAGGAGAAGGACGGGGACAAAGACAAAAAGGGGGCCAAGCCAAGGAAAGAAAAGGCGAAAGGAACCAAAGGGAAGAAGACUCAAGGUCCGGUUCACAUUACAGCCGGGUCUGAUCCGGUCCCCAUUGAAGGAAAGGAUGACGAUGAACUGGACCAGGAGACUUUCAGUAUUUGUAAGGAGCGCAUGAGGCCGGUGAAGAAGGCCCUGAAGCAGCUGGACAAACCAGACGAGGGUCUGUCUGACCAGGAGCAGCUCCAGCACACUCGCACAUGCUUACUGAAGAUCGGAGACAGAAUCACAGAGUGCCUUAAAGCCUACAGCGACCCCGAACAUGUGAAAAUAUGGCGAAGAAACCUGUGGAUUUUUGUGUCCAAGUUUACAGAGUUCGGUGCGAGGAAGCUUCACAAACUUUACAAAAUGGCCCAAAAGAAGCGUUCACAUGAGGAAGAGAAGAAGAGGGAGGAUCCUGCAGGCAGGACGAAGUCUUUCAGACCGGAGGCGUCUGGUUCCAGUCGAGACUCCACGGGUACUCAGCCUAACUCCAAAGCUGCGUCUCACACAUCUCAGUCCGGCCCCCACGGACACCACAGAGAGGCGUACAACUCCGCUAACAAACGGCACUUUGCCAAUGAUGAAAGGGGAGACUGGCAGAGGGACCGUAAAUAUAAUUACCCAGGUAACAGCAACCAGUCAUGGCAGGGAGACCGACAUCAUCCCUACGACCAACAUCGCUACAAGGAUCACUAUGGCGACAGACGUUCCCAUGGAGACUCCUACCGCAGCUCGGGCAGUUACCGCAACAACAGCUCCCCUCGGAAACGGCCGUACGAUCAGUACGGCAGUGACCGGGACCACAGGGGCAACCGACCCUAUUACGACAGGCACCCGGACCCCAAGAGAAGACGUUCUGAUGAGUUCCGCCCCAACUACCACCAGGGCCGAGAGGGUUCUCAGCAGGACUUCAGGAGGAUGCCAGAGCACAGGCCAGCAGGUCCACCUGCUCCAGAUAACUACAGCAGACCCUUCCAUCCUGACAAACCUCCCCCUCCGCUGGACCCUCGCUCCCCACAGGCUCAGAAGUCUCCCCAGGACUCCCGCUCUCCACCUGAGCGGCCCGCGGAGCCGAGCGCAGCCGCAGAUCCGAACUGGAAUAAUAAGAAAACAUAAAAGUAUGACAGUGCUGGCCUAGAAAACUACCCUGGGUAUUUUGUAUCCAGCUUCAAAGCAGCACGCUGCUGAAGGACAAGUUUGGACUCGCCAAUCAUAAGCUCGCAGGUGGACAGGGAAUCAAUGUGAACCCUCUUUUUCCAGCAAAACUAGUUUGCUCUUCUCCUCUCAGUGACUGUCUGUGAAUGAUGAGGUUCAUGUAGGAAGUGUUUCCUCCUGUCGUCUUCAAGAUGUAAAACUAAGCUGGCAUCUUUAUUUAAAUGACUUGACUCUGUUGGUCACACUUGACUAUGACUGAAUGGAUCGCUGACGGAUGCUUAGUCCCAUGGACUAUUAUCUAAAGAGGGUUUAGGAUACAUGAACUGAGGACUGAUCUCAAUCCUAAAAGUGCCUGAAGGUUUUUGGCCUUUGUGAAUGAAUAAUGUACGGGAUUCAUCCCAAAACGAAGCACGACAUGGACAUUCAUUAUGUGUGUGUGUUUAGCUUUAAGUCUUGCAAACGAUGUCACUGCAAAAGGAAUGUGUAUUAUGUUAUCAUCUGCACCUUCAAGAUGUUCACCUUGAACAUGUAGCUGAACUGAAUCAUGGAGUUGUACCAUGCGGGUGUGGGGGGGGGGGUUGAUGAUGGGACAGUCUGACAUUUGAAUGAUCAAUCAAGCAAGUAUCUGUCCUCCAGACACUCGACGGGAAGUUUGUGGAGGUUUUUUUUUUUUUAUAGCAAAUUCAUAUUUCUUAUAUGUACAAAUAAUCGUUCUGUAAAUGAGUAGCCACAUAAAUCAUUGCAACCCUUCUAUCUCUUUUCACUUUAACCACUUUCCCUCUCGGUAGGCCCAAUGAAAUGAAGCUCUGUAAGCAGUAUUUAUUGCGACAAACUUGUGCAAAGGUUCUUAACACUAUGACUUCUAACAAUCCUUUAUAUUUGCCUUUCAGUAUUACAAUGGUUAACGAUGGUACUUCAGUGUAGAUUCUAUAAUUCACCGCUCUCUUCACCUACUGUACACGAGUACUUCCAUGUGUAUGAAGUAUCCAACAUGGUCUUUCCAACUUUUAUGGUCGUGGUUUGGAUGCACAGACUGCUGCUGGUAGGAUGUGAUAGCAUUAUCGAGAUGUUACUGACGACAUUUCAAUUAGCUUGGUUCACUCUUUUCCCCCUGUGCCAAAUCAAGUCCCGCUCUGGCCCCUCAAUUCUUUACUUCUUUGUUUUUGUAAUGCUUCUCCAUUUGUGCCUUAUUUAUGUGUGUAUCAUCAUGUGUGUUGAUUCAUAGACAAUGCUGGGGUCUAACACGGGCAGGAUGUGGAGUAUUACAGUCCGAUUUUGUGUCCGCCGAAUGACUGACGACGGGUGAAGGGACCAUGUAUUAUGGUAAUCAUGAUGUGAUUUUUGGAAAAGGGUUUGAUGAGUUGAGGGGAAAAACAAAGGUUAAACACACAGACGUCGUGUGUGUCUGUGUGUGUGUGUGUGUGUGUGUGUGUGUGUGUGUGUGUGUGUGUUCGUCUUGGGCACCCACUUGUUACAGUGAACAGCCAGCACAUCUCUUCUUCCACGUCAAGCUAAAGUUCCUGUAUCAUAUGUUUAAGAAAAGUCUAAAUAAUUUAUAUUUGUGACAGAACCACUCUUCAUGAGAAAUGUGCUGUACAUAUGUUUGAACAUAUGUAAUAAACUUUGUUACACUAUGA